AAACGUCCGUCUGCUUAAUCGUCCGAUUAGAAACACGUGUCGUAUGUUGUUGUGGGGCAGCUACGGGUAGUUCGUUAUUUUCGUUGUAGGCUAAAUGUUCAUUUUUGAAGCGUGAAACAUAAAUAGAGUGGAUUUGUUCGUUUGCUCGUAGAUGGACAGUGUGCCUUGUCUUCGUGUGUCUCAAUGUCAUGCACAGCAGUUCAGGAGAUGUCUACAGUCCAAAGGAGCUCUUGACCUGAGUUUGUGUUUACAGAAUGAGUCAGCUGGGACAGUCCUUUUGCCAAUUUUACCUUCCUGUCUGUCACAACUUGAUCUCCAAACUCUCAGAACAGUGGUUGCUUCAGACAGUGCUUGUGAGAUAGUUUGGUGUCAGUAUCCUCUACAGUCAAAGAAAGAGAGAGGACGGACACAUGGUAAUAAACUAGAGCAUAUCCUCCAGGAGCUGUUGGAGUCUCAGGGUGAAAGAUGGACGGAGGAGCUGAGGGGGGACCUCCCCCGCAGCUACCAAAGACACGGAGACCUAGUUCUGCUGGCAGACAGCUGUUUGUCUCUGCCAACAUGGAGGAAAAUGGGUCAGCAGCUAUGGAGUGCAGUGGCCAAAGGACUGGGGGCAAAGCGCCUGGCAAAGAUGAGUCGAAUAUCCAGUGAUGGAUUCAGGUCUCCCGUAGUGACGAUGCUGUUGGGAGAGCACAGCUGGGUCAAACAUGUGGACAACAGGAUUAGCUAUGAGUUCGAUGUGACCAAAUGCAUGUUCUCAACUGGAAACAUAACAGAGAAACUCCGUGUGGCUGGUUUUGACUGCAGAGGGGAGACUGUAGUGGAUUUGUAUGCAGGUAUUGGAUACUUCACUCUUCCAUAUCUGGUGCACGCAGGGGCCAGUCAUGUUCAUGCCUGUGAGUGGAACCCUGAUGCAGUUGAAGCUUUACAGAAAAAUAUUGUGGCAAAUGGAGUGUCUGACCGCUGCACUGUUCACCAAGGAGACAACCGACUACUGCAGCUGUGUGACGUUGCCGACCGAGUGAACCUGGGUCUCAUACCGAGCUCCGAGGACGGUUGGCCUGUUGCCUGUCGACUGCUGAAAAGAACAACCGGUGGCAUUUUGCACAUUCACCAGAACGUUACCUCACCGUUACUGAACGUGGCAGCCAUUCCAGCAAUCGAUGAUGCCACCCACAGGGUUUCUGGGAAGACAGGCGACAGAGAGGUGUGGCAGGCCUGGGCUGAUGACACAGCAAACCGCAUCAGCUUUCUUUUAAAGGACAUCACUGGUGCACUGUGGAUAACAAAAAUCCAGCACAUUGAACAUGUAAAGUCAUAUGCACCUCAUGUUCACCAUAUUGUGUUGGACUUAGAGUGCAGACCAUCCUGAGGAUAUGAACACAGAUACUGAGCGGACAGCAUUCAUCAAUUAAUGUGUCACUUUAAAGAAAUAGGAAGCUAUACAGUCCUGAAGUUUCAAUGUAACCAAACUCUACAUCAGCUGGUUUCUGUGGUUAUUUCACCUGUCAGCUGCUGCAGUGUUUUUAUAAACCUUUAUUUAUCCAGGGCAGGUUUUCUUCUGGGCACAGAUGCUGUGUUUUAGUAAACGCCCUGCCUCAUACACAUGCAAUUCUAAUCACACGUGGAGGCUGCCAAACCAUAUCACAACCACAGCCUUAUCUUCUGGCCACUGGGCGGCUGUGGUUUAGGUGACUUGCUCAAGGACGCCCUUUGGUUGUGUUUUACACACCUUUGUUGUUGGAUGGAAUGAAAAGCUGAAGGCUGAGACAUCUGAGAGCUGAGUCACAAUCCACUGGGUCCUGACUCUAACAAAAGUGUGUUGUAAUUACAGAACUUCAGAGUCAAUAUUUAUGAGCACAGCACUACAAGGAACUUUUACCUGUUUAUCAAACAAUCUUAAUUUAAUACCGGUGCCUCUAUUAUGUACAUAAGCAAACAAGACCAUCUACAAGAAGAAUGCCUAUUUACAUGUAAUUGUUUUAAUGUCUGCUAGUGGGAAAUUAAAAACUUUUUUUUAUUUUUUAAGAAGCUAUAUCUUGCUUUGCUUAUUAAACUGAACGCAUAAGAUCACUAUGUAAUGUUGCUAACUUCAUCUUUAGCUCAAUAUAAUUACUAUUACCGUG